CUUUACAGACACUGAUAGGCUCUGUGUCAAUCAUGUGGUCAUACAAUUCAAAUGUCACCGUCUAUGCCCAAGCUACAACGUCCCUUGCUCAGCUGGACAUUCUGGUCUGUACCUUCUUCACCUGUGUCUUACAGAACCACAGCGAUGACUGCUCUAUGGCCUAUUACCUACCCCAGAUGGAUCAUCCACUGAUCUGGGAUGCCAGGGGACCAGCCCCCGGGGUGCUGAUGAACAAGUCCUACAACGCACAAAGCAACGAGACGUACAAACUUUUCAACCACUCGUUGCGAAUCCUUGCCUUUGAGAAUCCAGCAGAGGCUGAUGAGUAUGUGUAUUCCAAUGCAGAGACUGUAAUGUAUGGUUUUGUUCUACCUGUCCUCAAACUAUUAGGGAUCCUAUCCAUUCUGUCUUUUUUCUUUACAGUUUUAAGAGUUCCCUCCAUGCGUAAUGUCACUAAUUUCUACCUGACAAAUUUGGCGAUAUCAGAUUUAAUAGUGUUGAUUUCAAGUGCCACUUAUGAGCAAUAUGUUGCCUUCACAAAACAAAACAGAUCUGAUAUCCCAUCUUUUGGUAACUCAUCCCACGUAGUUGUGAGUGUCUUAUUUUACUUAGCCAAUGUGGGUGCCCAUUCAUCUUUAGCAUUUGUUACUGUGCUGUCUUAUGAUAGAUAUUUUGCCAUUUGUUACCCUUUCAAACACCGUAAUCUCAAUCACAAGCGACGGGCAAUACGAGCAGCAGUCUGUAUAUGGCUGCUGUCCUUGGCUGUCAAUGUAAUUGUUUUCUGUUCUCUGUUUCAGAAACUGAAUGAACCAGCAGACAAAUGUCUUGUUUGGCCAAAUGAAGAAAAGUAUAAACAUUUAUCGAGUGAUGUGCAGGUGAUCUUGACCAACGUAGGAAUGGUUCAGUCAAGGGUGAUUAGUUACCUGAUUUUUAUUACAUUUGGCCUGACUUUGAUCCUCACUGUCACUUUCAAUAUCCUCCUAAUUAAGGGACUGCAUGCACCAAAUCUAUCUGGUGACCAGAUCCAAGGUCCAUCAAAACAUCUUCGAAGAGUGACUCUGAUACUUGGCAUCAACACAGCCGUGGUAUUUGUCUGUUUUCUGCCCCAAACUAUAGCUCCCCUAAUUGUAAUUUUAUCACUAAGUUUGGAAGAAGUGCAUGUAUCUGGAGACGUGAUUUGGGCAUUGCUUCUGAUGGUCGCUUGCUUAAGAAUCAUCAACUCUUCCAUUAAUUCAGUCAUAUUCAAUGCUGGUAGUGGAAGGUACAGGAAGGCCUUUAAGCAAGCCUUCUGCUGCAGAAAGAGGCAGCAAGUACCAAUGAUCAAUAUCCCUCUGCAGACAUUACCAAGAGCAGAUCCUGCUGAUAGGAUCAGAUCAUAG